AUGGCUGGGCUGGGACUUCCUGACACUGAUGCAUGGUACAUGAUUGAAACUAUAGCGGGGAAGAAUAACAUCGGGUACAAGCAUAUGGCUCGUGCUCUGGAGUUCACCUACCUUGUUAGCACCACGAAUCCUGAAGAGCUGUCGGCCAAUUAUGCAACCCUGGUAACAACACAGCUAAUCAUUGUAGCAACACAUAUGGCUGGGCUGGGACUUCCUGACACUGAUGCAUGGUACAUGAUUGAAACUAUAGCGGGGAAGAAUAACAUCGGGUACAAGCAUAUGAUUAAACUCAGGGGAUUUCUCUCGCAUAUCCAGCAAUUAUGUAUUGGUUACUGGGGAAUUUAUUCUGUCAAGUCGCAAUCUGUGUCACCUUAUGGAUUACUCUCCCCACGUCCACAAGAUGUCACUGAUGACCAUCAACAACCUGCUGAGGCUUCUGUUGUUGGGAGAAGCUGGGUCCAGAGCAUGUUUAGCAGGGAUACAACAUCGAGAGCAAAUUCUUUCAGUCGUAGCCGUAAAUGGAAUUCUGAUAGUGGAACUUUAGCUGCAAAUGAGAAUGGAACUCCUCGGAAACAAGAUUUAUCUGCUGCUGAGCAGAAGAAAAUGCAAACUAGUGUCCGUACACUCAGGGGUCAUGGUGGUGCAGUUACUGCUCUGCAUUGUGUGACACAAAGGGAAGUAUGGGAUCUGGUGGGCGACCGUGAAGAUGCAGGUUUCUUUAUUAGUGGAAGCACAGACUGUACGGUUAGGAUUUGGGAUCCUAGUCUUCGUGGUUCUGAACUCAGGGCAACUUUAAAGGGUCAUACAAGAACUGUUAGAGCAAUAAGUUCCGAUCGGGGGAAGGUGGUAUCGGGAUCUGAUGACCAGUCUGUGCUUGUAUGGGAUAAGCAGACGACUCAGCUUUUAGAAGAGCUUAAGGGCCAUGAGGCACAGGUCAGCUGUGUGCGCAUGCUGUCAGGUGAACGUGUCCUCACUGCUGCACAUGACGGAACUGUAAAGAUGUGGGAUGUAAGGACUGAUACAUGUGUUGCUACUGUGGGUCGUUGUUCAAGUGCUGUUCUUUGCAUGGAAUAUAAUGACUCCAUGGGAAUCUUGGCUGCUGGGGGCAGAGAUGCGGUUGCAAACAUUUGGGAUAUCCGUGCUAGUAAGCAGAUGCACAAACUUUUAGGGCACUCAAAAUGGAUUAGGUCAAUUAGAAUGGUCGAAGACACUGUAAUCACUGGAAGUGAUGAUUGGACAGCACGAAUGUGGUCUGUUUCUCGAGGAACAUGUGAUGCUGUUCUAGCUUGCCAUGCUGGUCCAAUUCUAUCCGUAGAGUACUCGAGGUCAGAUAGAGGAAUAAUAACAGGUUCAAGUGAUGGUCUACUGCGGUUUUGGGAGAAUGAGGAGGGUAAAAUUACCACUUGGGUGAUUUUUUAG